CGGAACCCAACCUCCGCGGCUCAGGUUUCCUCCACUUCCGUCGGCGCCCUCUGCGGAUGAGCGGGCGUGGAUACAACUUCCGGCCGGACUGAGAGGUGCUGGGAGGUGAUAACGGUGAAAGUCUAGUGUGUGGUUCCCUUGGUCGGCGUGGCGGUAUCUCCAUUGUCACCGUGGGAAGUCUGACGCCCCCGGACGCGCGUGAGCAUGUGGAGGCAGCUGGCUCGCGCCAGUGCGCCACUCCUGCGGGUGCCCUUGUCGGGUUCUUGGGCGGCCUCGCCCGCCAGUGCCGGCCUAAAGACGCUGCUCCCAGUGCCAACUUAUGAAGAUGUUUCCAUCCCUGAGAAACCUAAGCUUAGAUUUGUUGAAAGGGCACCACUUGUGCCGAAAGUAAAAAGAGAACGUAAAAACCUGAGUGACAUACGGGGACCCUCCACGGAAGCCACUGAGUUCACAGAAGGCAAUUUUGCAAUCUUGGCACUGGGUGGUGGCUACCUCCAUUGGGGUCAUUUUGAAAUGAUGCGCCUGACAAUCAACCGCUCUAUGGACCCCAAGAACAUGUUUGCUAUAUGGCGAGUACCAGCUCCCUUUAAGCCCAUCACCCGCAAGGGUGUGGGGCAGCGCAUGGGGGGAGGCAAAGGUGCCAUUGAUCACUACGUCACACCCGUAAAGGCUGGCCGUCUCAUAGUAGAGAUGGGUGGGCGCUGUGAAUUCAAAGAGGUACAAGGUUUCCUCAACCAGGUUGCCCGCAGAUUGCCCUUUGCGGCAAAGGCUGUGAGCCGCGAGACUCUGGAGAAGAUGCAGAAAGAUCAAGAGGAGCGAGAACGUAACAACCAAAACCCCUGGACCUUUGAACGCAUAGCCACUGCCAACAUGCUGGGGAUACGGAAAGUACUGAGUCCAUAUGACCUGGCCCAGAAGGGGCGAUACUGGGGCAAGUUCUACAUGCCUGAGCGAGUGUAGUGAGUGUGGAAAAUAAAUGUAUGUAGGCUAUCAAGAGAGAAGGAAUCAUCUGCAUUUUUAUUCCCAUCAGCUCACCCUUCAAGGUUUGUGUGGCCCUUAAACAUCAUAAUUAAGGAGCAGUAUAUGAGUAGAUGACUUUUGAAAAUGUGUAUUAUCUACUGAAUUUUUUUUUUUAAGUAUACAUAUUUAUAAUAAAGUCUGAGCUUCAUGUCAGGAAA